ACAAACAGAAAAAAAAUAGAGAAAAAGGACAAAAGAACUCUCUGUUCUUCUUUCUUCUUCAACAACCAGUAGUACCCUUCUCUCUAUAACUUCAUCAUCUCUCUGUUUUUCUCUGUUCCGUAUCUGUACUUUGUUUUCAGUCUUAUCUUCAAAAAGAAGAAAACAAAAAGUAUAUAUAUAUAUCGGUCACGUCUAGUGGUUAGUUUUUAUCGUCACUGAAGAUAUGGUGAAGAGCCUUAAAGUGGAUCCUCUAGCCAAGGUCACUGCCUCCACCACUUCCAUGAAGAGACAAUCAGGGCCAUAUUAUGAAACUCUUGAGACAUAUCAAGGCCUGCCUUGUCCUUAUGGUGGCUACUAUGGAUUCUACUAUCCAGGUCCUGAUGGUUCAGUUGGAGAAUCAAAUGAUCAUGGAUACUAUGGUUAUGAGUACCCGGUUAUGCAAGGUGAAGAUGGAUCUUUAAUUUACAUGAUGCCAGGGUUCCAAUCUUAUGAUGUUAGUCCAACUUAUAUGCCUAUAAGCCCGAUCGGUGUAACAAGCCAGGCACUUCAUUCACCCAUGUAUGCAGCUCAAGGGUAUUAUCAAAACCAAUACAGUUAUGGAAAUGUUUCAUUUCCUACCUAUGUAUGGGACCCUAUUGGAGACAAGUAUGUGUAUGGUGUUGCUUCAAGUAACCAGCCUUUGAAACAAAACAUAUCUUCUUCAAGUCAUAACCACAGCAGUUAUUACUCAAAGAACAAGACUUCUUAUGGCAUGGGAGAUAGGCCUAAAACACCGCAAAAAAACAACUAUGCUCGACUCCCAAAGUCUGGAGCUUUAAACAAAGAUAAUGGUAAUAGUAGGGAAGGAGAAUGUGAGUCUUGUUUGUUGGAUGUUGAAGGGAAUGGAAGAAGCAAGGGUGUAGAUUCUGUGAUAAAAAGGGAUCAGUAUAACCUCCCUAGCUUUCAGACCAAGUAUGAAGAAGCAAUGUUCUUUGUGAUAAAAUCUUAUAGCGAAGACGACAUUCACAAGAGCAUCAAGUACAAUGUUUGGUCUAGCACUCUCAACGGGAACAAGAAGUUAGACAAUGCAUAUCAAGAAUUUCAAAAGAAGAUUGCAGAGAAAGGUGGAACGUGCCCGGUCUUCCUCUUCUUCUCGGUGAAUGCGAGUGGUCAGUUUUGUGGUGUAGCUGAGAUGACUGGGAGAGUGGAUUAUGAGAAGAGCAUGGAGUUUUGGCAGCAAGAUAAGUGGACUGGCUAUUUUCCUGUCAAGUGGCACAUAAUCAAAGAUGUUCCAAAUCCACAGCUAAGGCAUAUAAUACUAGAGAACAAUGAGAACAAGCCUGUAACAAAUAGCAGAGACACACAAGAGGUGAGGUUGCCUCAAGGGAAUGAAGUGUUGGAUAUCUUCAAGAACUAUGCAGCAAAGACAUCUAUAUUAGAUGAUUUCGAUUUUUAUGAAAACAGAGAGAAGGUAAUGAUACAGAAGAAGCUAAGGUUACAUCCGGUUCAGAUGAAGAAGAAAGAAGAAGAAGAAGACAACUUGGUUGCUGACUUCAAAUCAAUGGAGAUAUCAAAUAUAGUGAAAGAGGGAAACACAAACUUAACAGGAACUGUGAGCUAACUAGAAGAAGCUGUUGUGUGUUGGUUUGGUUUGGAUUUUAUUACAACUGAGUGGCUUCUUGUUCUAUUGUUUUGUUGUUUUGUGUGUUUUCAAAUUUGUAAUCACUGGCAAUGUAAGAAUUUGAUUUUUAUAGUGAAACUUGAGGACAAUAAAAA